GCUCGGAAGGACCUCGACAGAAGGUACUGCCCGCAGCCUCUCGCCGCCGGCCCUCGCCUCCGCGCCGCCCGACCCCGCCGCGGUCCGCCCGCUGCGCACCGGUGUGUUGGCGUCUUUGCUUCCGCGCUCGCCGGGACUCCUGCGCGCCACCAUGAGCUCCCGCACGGCCAGGACGCUCUUCACCGCCGUCACCCUCCUCCAGUUUGCCCGGCUGGCGCUCUCCUGCCCCGCCGCCUGCGACUGCCCCCUGGAGGCGCCCAAGUGCGCCCCGGGAGUCGGGCUGGUCCGGGACGGCUGUGGCUGCUGUAAGGUCUGCGCCAAGCAGCUCAACGAGGACUGCAGCAAAAUGCAGCCCUGCGACCACACCAAGGGGCUGGAAUGCAACUUCGGCGCCAGCUCCACCGCUCUGAAGGGGAUCUGCAGAGCUCAGUCAGAGGGCAGACCCUGCGAAUAUAACUCCAGAAUCUACCAGAAUGGGGAAAGUUUCCAGCCCAACUGUAAACAUCAGUGCACAUGUAUCGACGGCGCCGUGGGCUGCAUUCCUCUGUGUCCCCAAGAACUUUCUCUCCCCAACUUGGGCUGUCCCAACCCCCGACUGGUCAAAGUUAACGGGCAGUGCUGUGAGGAGUGGGUCUGUGACGAGGAUGGUGCCAAGGACCCCAUGGAGGACGGGGACGACCUCCUGGGCAAGGGGCCCACAUUCGAUGCCUCCGAGGUGGAGUUAACGAGAAACAACGAGUUAAUUGCAUUUGGAAAAGGUGGCUUCCUGAAGCGGCUCCCUGCUUUUGGACAGGGCCCUCGCAUCCUAUACAACCCUUCUCUACACGGCCAGAAAUGUAUCGUCCAAACAACUUCAUGGUCUCAGUGCUCUAAGACCUGUGGAACUGGUAUCUCCACACGAGUUACCAAUGACAACCCUGAAUGCCGCCUGGUGAAAGAAACCCGGAUCUGUGAGGUGCGGCCUUGUGGACAGCCGAUGUACAGCAGCCUGAAAAAGGGCAAGAAAUGCAGCAAGACCAAGAAAUCCCCGGAACCGGUCAAGUUUACUUAUGCCGGAUGUUCAAGUGUGAAGAAAUACCGGCCCAAGUACUGCGGUUCCUGCGUGGAUGGCCGCUGCUGCACGCCCCAGCAGACCAGGACGGUGAAGAUGCGCUUCCGUUGUGAAGACGGGGAGAUGUUCUCCAAGAACGUCAUGAUGAUCCAGUCCUGCAAGUGCAACUACAACUGCCCGCAUGCCAGUGAGGCCGCCUUUCCCUUCUACAGGCUGUUCAAUGACAUUCACAAAUUUAGGGACUAAAUGCCACCUGGGUUUCCAGCACAAGGGUGGACAGAGCGGGAGAAGAGUGCCGGAGUCAUGGAGGCAUGGGUGGGGGCGGUGGGGGUGAAGGGACUCAUUGUAGAAGGGAUGCAUUUGCUCAUUCUUGAGUAGUAUUAAGGUAUUUUGAAACUGCCAGGUGUGCUGGUGCAGAUGGACUCUAAUGCAGCCGCAAUUGGAGAAUACUUUGCUUCAUAAUAUUGGAGCACAUGUUACUGCUUCAUUUUGGAGCUUGAGGUGUUGAUGACGUUCUGUUUUCUGUUUGUAAAUUAUUUGGUAAGCGUAUUUUUCUCUAGGCUUCUUUCCUUUCGGUUCUGCAAUUGUAAGAUAGUAAGAUUAGUUGGACAGUUAAAGCCUUCAUCCUUUGACAGAAGUACACGGGAGGGGGUUCCACUCCUUCCUGAAGGGGACACUCUGUGAGUGUCCGUGAGAGGCAGCUAUCUGCACUCUAAACUGCAAACAGAAAUCAGGUGUUUUUAAAACUGAAUGUUUUUAUUUAUCAAAAUGUAGCUUUCGGGGAGGGCGGGGAAAUGUAAUACUGGAAUAAUUUGUAAAUGAUUUUAAUUUUAUAUUCAGUGAAAAGAAUUUAUUUAUGGAAUUAAUCAUUUAAUAAAGAAAUAUUUACCUAA